UUAGUUUAAACCCAAAUAGGAAAACCCAAAAACAUUUUCACCCGAAAGUCUACCACCAAGUAUAACACACAACUGCUUUUGGAUUUCAUUGAUCAAAUGGAAAUGAGCCAAGGGGAGAACGACUAUGAGGACGUUCUUCAGCACCUUACAUCCACCAUCGGUGCGAAACUCGUUGAAGGUGCCAAGAAAACCAAAUUGUUCUCUUCAACUUGCAUUUAUAGGGUGCCCCAUGAUCUUCGUAAGGUGAAUGAAAGAGCCUACACCCCUCGCCUUAUCACUAUUGGCCCUCUUCACAGAAAUGAUGAACACCUCCAAACACCCAUGCAACACGUCAAGAUGAGCUACGCGAAUAACCUACUUUGUCGACUGACCACAGGAAUGGAGAGCCUGGAAUUAGCGGAGAAGAGGAACGCGGUACUGUUACACGAAUGUUUAGCGGAGAUGAAGAAGUUGAUAGUCGAUGCAAAUAAUUGCUACCUUGCUGACGUUACGCUGGAUGAGGAAAUGUUGUUGGUCGAUGGUUGUUUCAUCCUCGAAUUUCUCUACAGAGCACGACUACUCCGGGCCGAAGAUAAUGAAAACAAGCCUAUUGAUGGAGGAGACAAUGGCAACUCAAAGGUAUGGAAAGCAGAUCCUAUUUUUGAUAAUAGACCGACCCUUUUUGACGUAGAAAACGACUUGGUACUUCUCGAGAACCAGAUUCCUUAUUUUGUGCUUGAAAAGUUGUUCCAGCUCGCGGUGGGUCGGAUCCGGGAUCGCCUCGACAAGAACUGGUUGCUCACCGAUUAUGUGCGGUGGUGCUACCGCAAAAGGAUAAGGCCAGUACAUCAUUCCAACAAGAAGAAAGUACUCAUGCCCAGUGACUGUGUCCUUGGGAUUUUUGGUUGUACAACAGCUGCAGCAGAAGAAGAAGUUCAAUUUGGUAAUGUUGAUCACCGUACUGCUAACUGCCACCAAUAUGACAGCCCCAAAAGGAUACCAUAG